GUAAACACUCCUCUAAAGGAUUCCUAAAACUCGUUUGUUUUCCUUUGAAUCACAACUUAAACGCAGAGGAAGCUCUUGGUGGGACUCGCGUCUCUGAAGCUCUGAUGGUUCUUGGUCCUCUGCGGGGAACAGGUGAAGAAGACGCACGCGUUCAGGCGCCGUGAGGAUCCCGCGAGAACCGGUCCACGCCGAACCCCUGGUCCCCCCCCCCGGUCGCCAUGGCGACCAGCAACAGCACCCCUCAGGGCUGCGGCCCCGACCUGGACUCCCUCUACUACAACCUGUGUGACCUCAGCGCGGCGUGGGGCAUCGUGCUGGAGGCCCUGGCGGCGGCCGGCGUCGCCGUCUCCGCCGUGCUCCUCCUGGCGCUGCUGGCCAGCGGGCCCUUCGUGCGGGACAAGAACCGCGGGAGCUCGGUGGCGCUCAGCGCCGGCUUCCUGGUGUGCGCCGCCGGCCUCUUCUGCCUGACCUUCGCCUUCAUCGUGGGAAAGGACUUCUCCACGUGCGCCUCGCGCCGGUUCCUCUUCGGCGUGCUGUUCGCCGGCUGCUUCGCCUGCCUGCUGAUGCAGAGCGUGAGGCUGAACGUGCUGGCCCGGCGGGGCGGCGGCCCCCGGGCCUGGGCCCUGUGCCUGGGGGCGGCGGGCCUGUGGCUGGUGGAGGUGAUCAUCAACACCGAGUGGCUGAUCGUCACCGUGGUGCGCCAGCCGUGGGCGCCGCUCAACGCCACGGCCGCGAGCGGCGGCGACGCGGCGGCCGCGCCUUGCAACGUGGCCAACCAGGACUUUGCCAUGGCGCUGAUCUACGUGAUGGCGUUGAUCCUGGCCGCGCUGGCGGGGAGCCUCGCCGUCAUGGCGGGCAAACACCAACAGUGGAAGAAGGACGCCGCCUUCGUCCUCCUGACCUGCCUGGUCUCCGUGGGCAUCUGGGUGGCGUGGAUCGCCAUGUACGUCUACGGCAACGAGAGGAGCGGGGGCCCCACCUGGGACGACCCCACCCUGGCCAUCGCCCUGGUGGCCAACGCGUGGGCCUUCGUCCUCCUCUACACCAUCCACGACCUCUGCGUGGUGACCAGCGAGGACGAGGGCCAGCAGAGCUUCGGGCCGGACCUGUACCCGAGCCGAGGGGUCGGCUACGAGACCAUCCUGAAGGAGCAGAGCUCCCAGAGCGUCUUCAUGGAGAACAAGGCCUUCUCCAUGGACGAGCCCAAACAAGCGUCCAAGCCCGUGUCCCCGUACAGCGGCUACACGGGUCAGCUGCGUGGUUCCGUGUACCAGCCCACGGAGCUGGCCCUCAUCAGCAAAGCGGGUGGAAACCACCCCCCCAUGGAGGUCUCCUAUGACAUCAGCAUCCCCAGAGCCUCCACCCACUCAGCGGCCGACAGCGGGAGCAGCACGCCGCCCACGCAGGCCGCGCUCACCAACGGGAAGAGCGGGGACACUCCCCAGAGGACGUCCCAGUGGUGAACUCCUGCUGUUGCUCCGAACCUUGGAUCUAUCUAUGUGGACACUGCCCCCCCCCCCCCUGCCCCCUCCCCAGACCUGCUGUGCAGAGCCUCAUUUGGAAAUCAAAGCUGUGGCUUUGAGGUGGUGUCAGUGACGGUGCUGACACAGCAUUAUAUUCACACAGUGCCCCCCCCCCCCCCCCUAUCCCCCCACCACACAGAUCACAAAUAAACCUGGUGCGACUUGAUUUACUCUCUUUGGAAUGUGAAUAUUGGGGUGAAUCAGAGGGUCAAAGGUCAUAUGAGCAACUGGUGCUGGGUUGAUGUAAAUAUGUUAACGCUUGUAUGAAUAUGUUUAUUUAAUGUAUGAUUUAUUCCUACCAAUCAAACAUCAAUAGAUGUGAAGGUGUCCUUAUCUUAGUCCAUUAAAGACACCAAACAGAUUACAUGAGACACCUUUAUGUCCGGAGUCCCCGGGCCCCCCCGCCCCCCCCCCCCACCGGGACGGCAGCGGAGGCCCCCCCGUCAUCAUCUAGCAGCUGAUUCAUGACGUCGAUGCAUCUCUUCGCUGUGUUGACUGACAACAGGACUCACCUCGGAUGUCUUUACUCAAUAAACAGCGUCCUGCUCAGCGUGGCGUCUUACUGGAGACGAGGGUGGAACCGCAGGCGGCUUUUCUCAGAACGGACCGGCCCUGUUGACAGUGGUGUCGUGUUUUCAUUGCACACACGUCCCGAUGCGGCUCCGGGACCAGUUGUGGGUUCAGCGCGUCGUGAGAGGGACAAACAGGUCGAUCGGGUUCAUCAGCUGGUGCAAACACACGCAUUGAUCCGAGGUCACACCACACCAACUCACCGAGGUCACCGGAGGAGGCGGAGCCGUCGAUCCGGGUUCAGUCCGUUAGGGUUCAAACACUGAGGGAGCGUCCAGAGACGCACGCAACGCCCACGACCAAAUACGGUCACUUCCUGUUCGUUAGCCAAAGGUCAGAGUUCAAAGUGCUGAAUUGGGGGCUUUAAACCGCAGCAACUUUAACGCAGACACACAACAAGUUUAGUUCUUCAUUUUUCUUUGCUGACCGACUGAGACCAGAACCCGGUGCUCGGGUCCGUCAAAGCCCCU